AUGAUAACACCGGUUACCGCCCAUCUCCUGCUACUGACUGACUGCCGAUCGUCGAGCCUGACAAAAAAAAAAAAACAAAAACAAAAACAACAACAACAACAACAACAACAACAACAACAACAACAACAACAACAACAACAACAACAACAACAACAACAACAACAACAACAACAACAACAACAACAACAACAACAACAACAACAACAACAACAACAACAACAACAACAACAUAGCCAUCGGAUUCGUCACCCAGCGGGAAUUUGGAGGAUUUAG